AUGACAGCUGCAAACCCACAACAACAACUCACCCUGUUCAGCAAGUACAGCACUGAAGUGCGACCACCAGUGAUGGUACGACAUGAUGAGCGUAUUCGUUCGAUGAAGUGCCCAUUUGAAGAAAUUGCUGAAUCAGAAGAGGAGGAUAUUCAGCUCCCACAGCCAACUCAGCCAGAAGGUCGAUCACCCUUUGCUGUCGCUUUCGAAUCGCCCUUUGUCGAACGACGUCCAGCUUCCCCUCAGAGCUUGACCUCAGCCUCUGCCAGAAAAUUCCCCGUACCUCGAUUAUGUUGGGGAUUUUCCGGCCCAACACGCCGACAAGCACCAUCUGUGUUCGGAUCCCUGAGUCCAGACCGACAUGUUGCUGGAUCAGAUUUUUUGACCCUUCCACCUAUCCCCGAAACAGCUUCUUCGUGAAUUGACCACAAAACACCUGCUAAGAAAGUCCUCGGCUUGCAGUGGGAAUCCGGAUUGACUUGCUUGUUAAGCAUUCCUUUCUUUUCUCUAUAUAUCUGAACUGCUCUUGUACACAAGAGAAGGUCAGACCACUAUUCUUCAC